AACAACUGUGAACGUGAUCGGUAACGGUGCGUGUUUUCUCUUCCGCCUUACAGCGUCUCUUUGCGAAAAUAACUUAAAAGAAAUGAGUGGGAAAGAAAGCGGAUAAAAAUCACCAACAAUAGCAAAUGAAAAAAGAUAUUACAAUUGAUACCUUUUGAAAACGUUUUUUGUUUGUAGUUUUUGUUUUCUUUUUUCGUGUGUGCUAAAGUCUUUGUGAAUGAUAUGAUAAUACAUGUGAUACAGUUGCAGAAAUAAAAUAGAGAAAACAACAAAAUCGAAUAAAAAACAGUGUUGUCUUAAUGAGACUAACAAUAGUAAAUGUACAACUGCAGCGAAAAAUGAAAGGCAACCAGCGACGGGAAAACUUAAAGCAACUGAACAAGAUUUAGUAUCUUCUUACAAAAAAGUUUGAACUGGCUCCUACCAGCAAGCUAACCAACACACAUAUGCAUAAAAUAUAAAAUUCUUAAAAAACCAAACAAAAAAAAUAAACUCAACCGCCAUCAAAACGAAAUUCAAGUCGAGCCAAUUUGUGGUGUUUAGUAUUUAUUUAUAUGCUAAUUUAUUUUUACAACAACUUGGUAUUAACCCACAAUCAAACAAAAACAAAAGUCGGGGAAAGACAAAGAAGAAGCAACGAAAAGCAAAAGCAGCGCACCUUCUUCGGCGUCUUUGUUUUGGGAUAUAAAACAGCAAAAAAUUACCCCUGCUCACAACCAAAUCAUACAAACAAAGAAGAAUUAACAUUCUGCAAACAAACUGCAAUUUGGAGAGAUCUUUUUUUUACUGCGUCUCGACCAAUUCACAUGUUAUUUGGCUUUAUGUGGCCAGACUUGCGCUAGCCAGGAGUAAGCGAUCGAUCGGUCCCGAGAAGAUGUCUCCGCCCAAUUGUCUGCUGGCUGUUCUGGCGCUCACGGUUUUCUUAGGGGCCAACAACGCCCUGCCUAUCACUUCGCGCCCCAUUGAGGGGAACGUCCAGAGGAUGGUGUGGGAGGAUUGGGUGAACCUGGACCCAGAGCAGAGAAACCUAACCAAGGAGAAGAAGAUAACCGCCAAGUCGAUAUUCACGCUGCCGUUUCGCCACUGUCCGCAGGGUCACACGCUGUUCAACCAGCUUUGCAUCCCGCAGUCCAACAUUGAUCCCACGGAUCUGGUCAAACAGGAACUCAUCCUGGCCGGGGGUUCCAAUGGCAGUCCCCCACCGCCACCCAUUGGAGACUAUGACUACGGCGACGACGAGGAGAGCGAAGAAAUCGUGUACGAUCUUUCAGUCAUACCUAUAGCCAUGCAGGAUGGUUUACCGUCCAGCGUUGGCGCCGGGGAUCAAGCCCUGCCCAGCGAGGAUGCACCACUGAAAUUCAAUAUUUUUGAGAAGAAAUUCGCGACGGGCACGGGUGAGCCUGAGGAGCUGUCACUGCCGCCGGUCAUGGCUGCUGCAACAUAUGUCAAAAACAUCAGUAGCACAGCAGAAACAUCAACUAGCACCACGCCCACGUCAACGGCGACUGUUGCCCUACCGUUUGUUCCUUCGGGAGACGCCAGUAACCGCAUUCCCGGCGGCGAUUUGCUGGCGGCCCCCAGUGAUGCCUUCUCCACAUCGACAACACUUACCAUGCCGACCAGCAACACCACCACCACCAGCAACAAGGACAUCGGCCAAGUAGAGUCCAUUGUUUUGCCGGCGGAGCAGGAGCACGAUGGCCCUGUGCACCUGGUGAGCACUUCUCUUACCGACAAUGACAGUGAUGACUCCUCUACCGCAUUGAAUGAAUUUAACGCGGAGGCGGAUCUGGCACAACUGCUCAAGGUCGACGCCUUUUUGCCGGUCAACGAUGGCAGCAUUGAGUUGGUGCAGACACAUUUUAGUCAUCGCAAGGUGGCGCCGCCGUUAAGCGCAGACCAAGAUGUAAAAACCAAACACGAGGUUGAGGCUGCAGAGAAGGUAGGAGCGGAGCUGGAAGAGGAAGAGGAAGAGGGGGAGGUGACCGCUACGAACAUAUUAUCAAGUGAGGAAGACGAGUAUACCACAGAGACGGCAACAACCACAGGGGACUCAACGGUUGCGGAGGCGUCAAUGGAUACAUCGACUGCCACCUUCACCUCUGGCCAAUCAUCACCACAUCCGCCAGAAGAACCCGAGAUAGAUGAACGUGAAAAUCGCCUGGUCUUGAUAAAAUCGAAAGUGCAACCGGUUCAGUUAACGACAACAGCUUCGGCAACUGCAGCUGAUGUUGCUGAUUCAAGCUCCUCAACUGACCGGUUUCACUAUCAGCAUUUUGUCGAAGAUGAGGCCGCUAGCAGUACCACGACGGCAACACCAGAGCCCAGCAACAGCACUCCCGGCGAUCCGAUCGAGCAGUCCGCUAUGCCGGCUACCAGUGAAAUUGAUGUCCAACAGGAACUGCGGCUCAUCAACGAGCUGGUAAAGGGCAAGCAAGGAAAGCAGCAUCAGCCACAGAAACAAGAGCUUGAGCCAACCAGUACAGAAAUAACUUCAGCGUCAACAUCAACAACAACUGAGGAUGCCACCACCACAGCAGCAUACACAAAUUGGUCAAAGGUGAUGCCGCAAUUGGGACAGAGCACAUCUGAAACAGCAGCCACCACAGAGACAGUUGCAACAUCGAGCGGGGUUAAUGAAAGCAGCUUGACAGCAACGUCAGCAUCAACAGAAGUAAAAGAUUUAAGUAUUACUAAUCGUAGCUAUAGAAAUAGUAAAAUAAUUAGAGUAGAUCGCUUGGCCGAAGAGCCGGAAGGAAUUGUCGCAUCUGCAGCAAGUACGGAAUCAGCAGCAACCGCCGCCACACCUCCCAACAGCAGCAGCAACCCAGAUGGCUAUACGCCCUUCUGGUGGCUACCGAGUAUUGGGUGGCGUCUGGACCGCCAUCUGGAUGGGAAUGGCGAGGAUCAGUCGCUGUUGCUGCGGUUCUUCAGCACAUUUCGCGGCAGCAACACGGUAGCAACCACACGCUAAUAGCAACAUCAUCAGCAGCAGCAGCAACUCCUGGCUCUGGCUAGCGACUAGAGCCGCAGGAAGUAGCUGGGUGCCGUAUAGUCUAGUGCAGGAUAGUGUCGUGUUAGCAACAGCGUUUCAAUGGCGUGUUGAAGUUUGUUCACAGUUAUCUCACCUUAACAUUUUUCCCUUUUCUGAGUAAAUAUUUAUUGUCUUUUAAUGUUUUAAUCGAAUAUUACUUGUACAUAGCAUGUCCAAAACACACUACUUAACAUCAACUUUUGCAUAUUUUUUUUGCCUUGGCGUUAUAUAAUACCUUAUUUUUUUUGUGUUAUUGCAACUGCUUUCUUUUUUAAGUUGUUGAUUUAAUUUUAGGGCAAUUUUUUUUACAUUACAAUAGUUUUAUAUGUGAGUGCUGUUGUCGUUGUUGCGAGCCUUAGCAAUAUUUAAUUGUGAUUACUUAGGCAUAUGAAUUGAUCGUUAGACUUAGGCAAUCUUAUUUGUAUAUCCAGAAUCUUUUGAUGUAUCAUAUUUUACUAUUAUUAUUACCAUUGUAACUUAAUAUAUUCAUAUAUGUGCGUACAAUUUGAGCAUUUGUUGUAUAUUCAUUAGUGCAGAAACCUUUCAAAUCCAAGCAUUUUUGAAACAACACGUGUAUCUAUACUUAGAUAUGUAAGCGCAACAGUUCUGCUAACCAUUGUAAACACAAAUCGAAACUAAAGCCUAAAAAAUAGUGUAAUGCAUGUUUAUAUUUAUAGAAAAUGCGUUUCGAUCCAUUAACUCAAACAAAUCGAAUUGAAUCGAACGAAACGAAUCAGGCAACCAUCAUGUUUUUGUCAAUUGAAAUUCAACCAACAAAUUCAACCAAAGUUCAUAAGAAAAACAAAUGCAAGAAUGCAAUAAACCGUAUAUUUUCAUUGGCA